AGUGACAGGAUGCAGAAGUGAACAGUGCUUGUUCAUUGUACCGGGUCAUCCUGGCUUCUCUGCUCCAGCGCAGCUUCCUUAGCCGGAUUGAGGGUGCAGACUAUGAUAACUGGGCUGCCCCAGUGGAAUACAGAUGGGUGAAUUCAGACAGCCGAGCGUCACUUGGAGGAACCUCUCAAGCUUUGCCACGGGAGAUUUGAAAGAAGCCGAGUCUGCAAUGUGAAAGAUUCCAAACCACAUCACCCAUGAAGACCUUAUCACCUAGGAAGAACUUGACUUUCCGCUGCCAAGGCUGGGUUGGGAUUUAUUUGCUCCUGGGAUGUUCUGCUUGCCUGGCAAAGGAUAAUGAUCCAAAAUCGGUCCAUUUCCCAGGAGGUCCAAUUUUGCUUCCUGGGUAUCAGCAAGGCUUGAUUCACCAAAGAACAGCUGACAGGGGCUGUCAUGUUUGUGGCCCCUAGGAAAAAGCAAAAGAGCUAAGGACGACCUUUGAAAACACAAAGGAUGGGUUUCAAUGCAUUUAGGCUACUGAGCGGAUCAGCAGUAGCCCUGGUAAUAGCUCCCACUGUGUUACUGACAAUGCUUUCGUCUGCUGAACGUGGAUGCCCUAAGGGCUGUAGGUGUGAAGGCAAAAUGGUAUACUGCGAGUCCCAGAAAUUACAAGAGAUACCCUCCAGUAUAUCAGCUGGUUGUUUAGGGUUGUCCUUGCGGUACAACAGCCUUCAGAAACUAAAAUACAACCAAUUUAAAGGUCUUAAUCAACUUACCUGGCUCUACUUAGACCAUAAUCACAUUGGCAGCAUCGACGAAAACGCUUUCAAUGGAAUACGCAGACUGAAAGAGUUAAUUCUGAGUUCCAACAGAAUCGCCUUUUUUCUUAAUAACACCUUCAGGCCCGUAACAAACCUCCGAAAUUUGGAUCUCUCUUACAAUCAGCUGCAUUCCCUGGGCGCAGAGCAAUUCAGAGGCUUAAGGAAGCUGCUGAGUUUACACCUGAGAUCCAAUUCCCUGAGAACGAUCCCAGUUCGGAUUUUCCAGGAUUGUAGGAACCUGGAACUCUUAGACCUGGGUUACAACAGGAUCCGGAGCCUCGCAAGGAAUGUCUUUGCCGGCAUGAUCAGACUGAAGGAGCUGCACCUGGAGCACAAUCAGUUUUCUAAGCUUAACUUGGCACUUUUUCCAAGGCUGGUCAGCCUACAGAACCUUUAUUUACAGUGGAAUAAAAUCAGUGUUAUAGGACAAACCAUGUCUUGGACUUGGAGCUCAUUACAAAGGCUUGAUUUAUCAGGAAAUGAAAUAGAAGCUUUCAGUGGACCAAGUGUUUUCCAGUGUGUGCCCAAUUUGCAGCGCCUCAACCUGGAUUCCAACAAGCUCACAUUUAUUGGCCAAGAGAUUUUGGAUUCCUGGAUAUCUCUGAAUGACAUCAGCCUCGCUGGGAAUAUAUGGGAAUGCAGCAGAAACAUUUGCUCCCUGGUAAACUGGCUUAAAAGUUUCAAAGGGCUGAGGGAAAAUACCAUUAUUUGCGCCAGCCCCAAAGAACUGCAAGGGGUGACUGUUAUAGAUGCCGUGAAAAAUUAUAGCAUCUGUGGCAAAAGUACUACAGAAAGGUUUGACGUGCCACAGGCUGCCCCCAAGCCCACCUUUAAACCAAAGGUCAUCCGACCUAAGCACGACAGCCAGCCUCCCCUGCCCCCCACCACAGGGGCCCCCGAGGCCAGCUCCGGGCCCGAGCACAGCACUGAGCAGAUCUCCUUCCAUAAAAUAAUUGCUGGGAGCGUGGCCCUCUUCUUGUCCGUGCUGGUGAUUCUGCUGGUCAUCUACGUGUCCUGGAAGCGCUACCCUACCAGCAUGAAGCAAUUGCAGCAACGCUCACUAAUGCGACGGCACAGGAAAAAGAAACGACAGUCACUGAAGCAAAUGACUCCAACCACCCAGGAAUUUUAUGUUGACUAUAAGCCCACCAACAGCGAGACCAGCGAGAUGCUGCUCAACGGGACGGGGCCUUGCACGUACAGCAAAGGAGGCUCCAGGGAAUGCGAGAUACCUUUAUCUAUGAAUAUGUCUACAUUUCUUGCAUACGAUCAGCCUACAAUAAGUUACUGUGGUGUACAUCAUGAACUUCUUGGUCGUAAGUCCUAUGACUCAAAUGCACAGGAAGAAACAAUGGAGACACCAUUAGAGACUGACCUUGAACUCAGCACAAUUACAAGAGCAGCACGAAAUCAGUGAUCGACACUCAGCUGACUUAUGUGGUCAGAAAGAUAACCCAGAAUCACCACCAUUAUUAUUAUUAUUAUUAUUAUUAUUUUAAGUUUAAUUCAUGAAGAAUUAAAUCAGUAUUUCUCCAGGGACGGAUUGAAAACUCCCCAUUCUGUUUAAAAAGUUACCAUUCAAAUACAGAUUGUUUCAAGUCUACGAUUUGUAAUUAGCUAAGUUGUGCAGUCUUUUUUUUUUUUUUUGACUUAAAAAUGAAGUAUGAUC